AGCGAAUUCAACGGUCGCUCACUGUAAGAAGAUGCAGACGCCUUUCUGCGUACUUCUCGUCUCUCUUCUCGUCAUUGUCGCAUCGGCCCCCAGUAAAAAAGAUCAUGAGUUACUAGACGAGUUGCAAAAUAACUCUCGGAAAACGAAAGACAACAAGGUCGAAUCGUCACCAUUAGUUGACGACAUGUACGAUCCAGCUGAAGACAUGAACCCGAAUUUUCCACCACUCGACGAAAGCGAGGACGAAGAUGAGCAGGACGAAACCAUGGAUGACAACGAAGAUGAAGAUGCAGACGACGACGAUGAGGAUGAUGAUGAAGAGGAUGAUGAUGAGGAUGAUGAUGAGGAUGAUGAUGAGGAUGAUGAAGAGGAUAAUGAGGAUGAUGAGGAUGAUGAAGACGCAUCUGACGACGAUGAGGAUGAUGAAGAUGACGACGACAACGAUGCCGACGACCAAGAUGAACUCCUGAAGGAGUUGAGAGAGGCCGAAGGAGGCGAGGGUGCCGGCGACGGAGAAGACAAAUAAAGAGUAAAACUAGACUGCGCGUGCAUUGUGCAAUUCCGUCUGUAUAUUUGUACCGAAAAAUAGCAUAAGGCGUGCAUGCAUAGCAACAAGAAAGGAACAUCAAAAUCUUAGUUUAUAGACUACCUAAUGUACAGGCGUCGAUCUAACUAAUUCUACAAGUUGAGUCUAUAGAAUCAAAGAUGACAGUCAAUCAUACUCGUUGGCAGUCAGAACCGUUGCGGCAUUAAUUAAUUAAUUAAAAUUUCAUAAUGGUCGUUCAAGAUAUCGUGUUUACAGACACAC